GUCAUACCAGAUCAGAAUAAUUAUUAAACUUCGGAUUAAUUUCCUUUUGAAUCGUUAGAAUGGAUAAGUUUUUGGAAUCAAAAUUGUGCAAUUUUUUAGGUUUUGAAAUACCGAAAGAAAUGAUUGAUCAUAUAUUAAAUCUUAGAACAGAACCAGAAAUUCGAGAAUAUUUUAAUGGUUUGUUAGAUAAAUCAGAUCAUAAACAACGGCAAUUUGUUAAUGAAUUUAUUAAUAAACGUAAUUUGAAAAGGCCACCGAAUAAACAGAAAAAUCGUAAAAAGAAUAGUAAACCAAAUAUUGUCGAUAAAAAUUCAGGAUUACAUGAAAUUAAAUCAGAUUUCGACGAAUUGGAAAAGAAAUAUCAAAUAGCAUCGAAAAAAGAGUCGAAGGAUAAAUGUGACGAUAAAAAUAAUUUGGUAACAAAUAGUACAAGUAUCAAACCACGAAAAUAUGAAAAUCCUUAUCAAAAAUAUAAGAAAUUUGUACCGUUUGAUGCUUCAAAAGGAGAUUAUCCACUCUUACCAGGUCGAAAAUUAUGUGGAUGCUAUGCUAAACGGCACAAUUUAAUAAAUAAUUGUACAGAAUGUGGACGUAUUCAGUGUGAACAGGAAGGUUCUGGUCCGUGUAUGUUUUGUGGUGCAUUAGUUGUAUCUAUUGAAGAAAAGGCAAUUAUUGAUAGUGAUACUACGCAGGGAGAUGCUUUAGUAAAAAAAUUAUCAAAUCAACCGAAACCUGAAGGAUGGGAAGCAGCUGUAGAAAAUCAAAAAAAGUUACGUGAUGCAGACAUAUCUAGGCAAGAAAAGCAACGAAUUGUUGACGAUCAAUCUGAUUAUUUCAUAUUAACACGUUCUGUAUGGAAUGAUAAAACAGACAUGAAUGAUAUAAGUAAACAAAUCAAAGAAAAUGCAGAAAAAGCCGCAUUAAAAAAAUUAGCAAAUAACACUAAAACAAAUGUUUCUUUGAUUACGGAAAAUGAAAAAAAUCAAUUGCAGAAAUGUAUGAAUAAUAAAAAACAAAAUAAAUCUAAAACAUGUGAAACAAAAAAUGUGCCAGUAAAAAAAUCGACUGGCAUACGUUUUGAUGAUGAAUGGCGAUUAAAUACAGCUAGAGAUCUAGAUAUGGAAUGUCAAGUAGCAAAAAUUGAAAAAGAUGUUGAAGAUUAUCUUGAAAAUUUGCCCAUUAUGAGAAUGCCUGAAUUACGAGAGAAAUUAUUUUAUCAAGAUCCAAGAACAUCAGACUUUAAUGCUAUCAAAUAUAACAACGAAUACGAUUGGGAUAAUGAAUUUUGGGAACUGAAUGAUUAUUUUGAUCGAUUAGGUUUUUGCAUCAGUAUCCGUCAGCCGUACGCAUCACUUAUUAUGGCAGGAAUUAAAACUCAUGAGGGUCGUGAUUGGAACCUAGAUUUACGUGGUAUUAUAUGGAUUGCUGCUGCGGCAAAAAAACCUAGUCAAGAGGAAAUUGAACGAGUUGAAAAUUUUUAUAAACGUAAAAAUGAAAAUAAAGAUAUAAAAUUUCCUAAAAAUUAUCCUACAGGACGAUUACUCGGUCGAGCUCAGAUAGUAUCUUGUCUAAAACGUGAAGAAUAUUUGCAAAAGUUUCCUGAUGGUGAAGUCGAUGAUGACUUUGCAAUUAUUUUGGAUGAUAUCAUACCUUUACCAGUUUUAAUUCCGUUAAAAGGAUAUUCUGGAAUAUAUCUUUUACCAAAGAAAUUACAUACAGCUGCGGGCCUUAUGAUAAGGAAACUUCUUCAAGAAACGUCUUUAACAAGUGAUGAAUGGUAACUAAGAAAUAAUAAUUCCUUAUAAUAAUCUUGUUAUGUUUAUAUAAGUAAAU